GUUUAAUUGGUCGAUUUUCUUGGGUUGAGUGGGCCUUAAUUAAACAAAUAUGGGCUAUUAAUUAAGCCCAUGGAAAUAGGAUACUUCUACAAAUAUCUUCCGCUCAAAAUUUUCACUAACAUAACUCCAAAAUUUCAAAAAACGCUCUGGAGAGAGAGAGAGAGAUGAAGGAAAUUCAAAUCCCCAGGAAAAACUUAGCGCGCUCAUCUGAUCCUGCAACGAAGAGACUCCUCAAGGACUCCGAGAUGAAGAAUCGGAAGGUUGCGGAGAAGAGACAGAGCGCGACCUUCUCCGACGCGUCAGUGGAAAGCAAGAAGGUUCCGGUGGACUCUACUCCGAUCUCUCAGGUUUCCGCCGCGAUCUCCGAUUCCGAAGCCGAGAGUUUUGUGCACGGAUCGAGCAUAGAUCUGUUAACAACGCCAGAGAUUUCUCUUCUGAGCGAUGAGUCUCCAGAUUCGACCGUUACUAGUAACAAGGAUUUUCACAUCGACGCUGAUCGGAUUCAGUCGAUUGUGGACUUGCCUGCUGCUGUGGAGUUCUUGCGCGCGGAGAUCAGUGACCUGAAGAAACUCAUCUCUUCAGUUGAGAGCUAUGAAGAACGUGGCUGGAUCGAUGGAGUUGUUGUUACUCGCAAAUCCCGCGUUGUGGUUUUGAUUCUUAUCCUUUGGGCUGUGUUAGCUGCGAUUGUGGUCUCCGUCAGAGGGCAAGUUGCUUACUAUGGUGGGCCACUUCCAACAUGAAGGAUUCAAAUCAGUUUACAUGGUUACAAGGACACUAUCACACUGAGAAAAAACAAAACUCAACUACUUAUUCGGAAGCGAAGCAUCUAAAAUUGGAAAGGAUACAUAUGAAAAAAUUCUACAGGUAAGUAAGUAUUCCGUAUUUUUUCCUCUGAUAAAGUGUUUAGUUGAUAUUAAAAUUACAAAAACAUAAACAGUAUUACGGAUUAACUAUUGGCAAUUAUCCGUUAUCU